AUGGUGAAGAAUGAAGACACAGGUGGUUCUGGUUGGACUAGUUCAUUAAUUUUGCAGACAACAGAAGAUGUUGCGAACGCUGUUGCAGCUGCAGCCACCACUGUGCGAUCGCCAAGGCCGUCUGUGGUAUUUUCGUCCAAGGAUGAUCAUGGUGAUAGCCAAUUUCAGAAGCUACAGCGCCAUCUUACCAGAAUGCUAAAAGGGUUUUCCUCUCCUCCACCAGAAGUGAAAAGUGUAACUUAUAAUCCAGAAGUUCUUACUAGCCAAAAACGUCAGUGGGCAAACUUCCAGUUACAGUACUUGGACCAUAGGCCUGUAAAGGAGCCAUCAAGGCUUUUUGAGAGCAUGGUAGUUGUUGGACUUCAUCCUAAUUGUGAUCUUCAGGCACUUCAGAGGCAAUAUUGUCCCAGAAAGUCUGAAGGUUCUGGGAUAUUGCAAGGUGGACUUAGUUGUCAAAAUCAGUCUCGUGUAGAACCCAUUCUUGAGCCCCAGGUUUUGUUUGUUUAUCCUCCAGAAAAACAGCUGCCACUUAAAUAUAAAGAUCUUCUAUCAUUUUGCUUCCCUGGAGGCAUUGAGGUUCAUGCUGUUGAGAGAACUCCUUCCAUGAGCGAGUUGAAUGAAAUUCUUCUUGGGCAGGAGCACCUUAAACAAAGUGACCUGUCAUUUGUUUUUCGAUUACAGGUUGCUGAUGAUUCAACAUUAUAUGGUUGUUGCGUGUUAGUCGAAGAAAUUGUGCAAAAACCCUCUGGAUUGCUUUCUAUUUUUUCAGAUAAACAGUCUUCCUCCUCAUCUUUGAGCCGUUACAUGCUCGCCACGCACAGAUGUUACUGCAUUCUCUCAAGGCUUCCAUUUUUUGAGUUACAUUUUGGUUUAUUGAGCAGCAUCUUCGCAGAAGAAAGGUUAGAGCGAUUAACAAAAAAUAUAGGGUUUUUAGACUUGGAAUCCUCAGAGGGUUAUUGCAAGGAAGAAAAUUUAGGUGACAAUUUAGAUGGUUUAUCAAUGAAUCAUAGAGCUGCAGAGGACAUACCAGAUGGAACAACAGAAAUAUCCCAGUCCAUCUUAAGGGAUUCUACACCUGGAGGUUUUGCUGACGACAAGAGUCAUGUGGAGCCUCAAAUUCUAGAGAAGCAUAUUCAGUCUUCGAAGAAAGGUGCUGCUGAUGAUGAUGAUGUUGUUCCUAUUGAUUCUGAAAAGGAGAUGGUUUCAGCCCAAGGUGAAUCUGGUAGAGCAAAAUUUGAAGAUUGUGAAGUUGAUGAUUUUGCAUCAAACAAGCAAACACAAGAAAGACGUUUACCUAAUGCUGUUCUGCCACUCCUCCGCUAUUAUCAGUACGAAAGCUCUGAAUCUUCCUCCAGCUUCCAGGGUUCUCCCAGUGAGGACAGAAACUUUAGGAGUGAUGUUGAUGAUACAGAGACUGAAGAGGCAUCUUUUUCUGGCCAAGAAGAUUCCAGUGAUCAUGUUGAUAUUCUUGAAUGGGCUAAGGCAAACAGCCAUGGAUCAUUGCAGAUACUGUGUGAGUAUUACCGCUUACAGUGCCCUGCUAGGGGUUCCACUCUUAGAUUUCAGCCUUUGGAGCACCUUCAUCCCUUGAGAUAUCACAGACCUGAUGAAGCUGUUUUACAUAUUAAUGGCUCAACCAUUGAUUUGAGAUCAUGCAGUACAAGUCUGGAAACUGCAGAGGCACAUGGCGCACUCUUGGCAGAGGAGGAAGCAACUGCAUUAUCAACUUGGGCCAUAGCAUGCAUAUGCGGAUCCCUGCGACUUGAGAAUAUCUUGACAUUGUUUGCAGGAGCCCUGCUAGAGAAGCAGAUUGUGGUUCUUUGUUCUAAUUUGCUCCCUGCAGCAAAUAGUGCAUGGAUAUAUUCUCAUCUAUACUGGAUUUUGGGCUUUCUCAUAGUCAAAUUUAUAAGCAUGGAGAAUUAUUGGAUGUUGAUGAACAGCUUAGCUGAAUCUGAAAGCUCCUCAGUUGUGACAAGGGUAGAAAUUGAAAGAGAAGGUAGAUCAAACUUUUGUAGAUGGUAUAAUACUGAUGUAGAAGAUGGGUUGAAACUGAAGAAGGGAAUCUUGUCUGCUUCAGUUUUGUCAAUUGUCCCUCUCAUUCGUCCCUAUCGGUGGCAAAGCUUGCUAAUGCCGAUUUUACCUGAUGACAUGCUGGACUUUUUGGAUGCUCCUGUUCCAUACAUUGUGAGUAUUCAGUUUCCAGCCUCAUUAUCCUCAAGUGGUGGAUCUCUAUUUGCUUUGAAUGAACUACCUAUUGUGUUAUGUGGAUGCUGCAUUUCUUUUGUUGGUGUAAAGAACAAAACCAGUGAAGUACAAUCAAAAUUAAACAAUGUCAUUUUGGUUGAUGCUAACAAGAAUCAGGUGAAGUCACCAGCAAUACCGCAACUGCCAAAACACAGGGAGCUAUUAUCAUCCCUAAGUCCAUAUUAUUCAAAGCUUGUUGGAGAAAGCUAUUUGGCCAGAAAAAGGCCAGUGCAUGAGUGUACAGAUGUGCAGGUCGAAGCUGCUAAAGGUUUUCUAGUGGUUUUAAGAUCUUACUUGGAUUCGCUCUGUUCUAACCUGCGUUCUCAUACAAUAACAAACGUACAAUCCAAUAAUGAUAAGGUAUCAUUGCUCUUGAAGGAGAGUUUCAUAGACUCAUUCCCUAGUCGUGAUCGACCAUUUAUGAAGUUCCAAUACACCAAGGAUACUGCGAUGUCCAGAGGUUUGAACACUUGGGCAAAAGGGGCUGGAAGUUAG